AUGGGAGACGAUAAACUUACAGUGAAGCUACCACAAAUUAUUUUAGAUUCCAAUCUACGGUUUGCAGAUUCAGCUCAGGAUAAAGAUGAUAAAGAAUCAUUAAGUCAAUUAACCAUUAAUAGGCAAAGAUGUGUUAAUCCCACGUUAGUGGACUCAUUUCUACGAUUGUUGAGACAUGGGAGUGAUGAUGUACUUAAGCAAAGGUUAAACAUGUAUUCUAGAGAUGAAGAAAUGAACAAAUGCGAAGUGGUGAAGGAAGAAUUAUAUGAAAAUUGGAAUAUCCGACUGGAUAUAAUAAACUUUUGUGAGGAACAAUCCAGGCAAAUCAAGGAGACAUUAGAUUUGAAAUAUGGAUCUAAUGCUAGUUUAUCAGAGCAUAAGAUAGAUCCACGUAUUGAUCCGUAUGCAGCAAGGGAUCAACUUGAUUCACAAGAAGCUAAGUAUGCAGAAUGGAAGAAAGUGAAACAAUGGGUUCAAAAUAAUUCAGAGAUCGAGUCAAUCUUACAAGGUACUAGUGAUAAGAUACUGAGACAGAAAUGCAACCAAAAUACUGAUUAUUUGAAACAGUUUUACGAUACAUUUCAAAAGAAAUGA